UGUUUGAUCUAUUCAGAUUGCAGCGCAAUUGCAAAGUAUUUUAGCUAACCGGUAAUCACUUCGGCGGUCGAGCCGAUAGUUUAGACAAACUUCCCAAACGCCUUUUUUUUAGGAAAUGAAAAUUAUGUUCUUCCUCGUUCUCACGCAGUAAAGUUUAAAAAAAAAAAAAAAAAAGCAACACAUCGCUUGGAGUCAAAAUUCUCCAAAUACAAUCUGUAACAUGUUUGAAACUAUAGAAUACCACUAUUUUGCUCUCAAUAUCAACGUCAUGAUGCUUAAACGUGUUUAAAAAGUUGCGGAAUCUUAUUUGAGGGCUUAUUUCUUAUAGGAAGCAAGCGCUAUUUAAUGCCCUCUUGUGACGAGUGUCCGCCAUGUCGCAGGCCGCCCCGCCGCCCAUUCUGUCCGUGGUCCCCACUCGGGCCCUGGUGGACGAGGCGUUCAAGGUGCGGGUGGAGAAUCUGCCCGCCGGCGCUCCGGUCACCUUGCGCUGUCUCCACCAGUCGGAGGACAAAGACUUCUGGGAGGCUUACGGCCACUACAUCAGCGACGCCGCAGGAAGCGUGUCGGUCGCCGACGACGCGAGUUUCGGAGGAACGUACCGAGGAAUCGAAGCCAUGGCCUUGCUGUGGAGCAUGCGGCCCGUUCCCGGGAGUCGAACGGGCCUCAGGCUGCGGAAGAGGGACGUUCGCAGCCCCAUGCUCUUCACCAUCUCCGUGUACGACGGCCACGUCGGCCCGGACUUGGCGGGCCGCCCCCCCCUGGCCCAGGUGCUGGUCGAGAGGUGGUACGCGGCCCCGGGGGUCCGCAGGGUGGACGUCAGGGAGCGAGGCGUGCGAGGGACCCUUUUCAUCCCCCCAGGUCCCGGACCCUUCCCGGGGGUGUUGGACAUGUGGGGGGGCGGCGGCGGCCUGCUGGAGUACCGCUCGGCCUUGCUGGCGUCGCACGGUUACGUCUCUUUGGCGCUGGAGUACUUUGCCGCCGGCGAGCUGGCGUCCGCCGACCUGGAGUUCAAAUACUUUGAGACGGCCUUCGAGGUGCUCGGGCAGCACCCGUCGGUGGUCCCCGACAAGGUGGGCCUGCUGGGCCUUUCCCUGGGCGGCAUGGUGGCCCUCUGCGUGGCGGCCGAGAGCUCCGUCGUCAAGCCCGGCUGUUGCGUCUGCGUCAGCGGCAGCCAUUUUUACCCGCGCGGCACGGCCUUGAGCCAAAUCUCCCGGCCGACGUACGGGAACGUUGGCAAAGUGCGCGUGGACGAAGACCAAAAUCUGAUCUGGAGAGACAUCGGCCUGCCCGUCUCCGGCGACCUCUCCCAGAAAGCCGACGUGAGGAGAAUAAACUGUCCGCUCUUGCUGGUCAACGGCCAGGACGACCAGAACCACCCGACUUGCGAGUACGCCGACGAUAUCACAGCUCGGGUCAAGACGGACGCCCCCGGCGUUGCGCUGGCUGACGUGAAUUUAGCACGCGGCGCCUUCAGGACGGGUUUCCGUCGCGCGCUUGUCUUGUUGCAGAUGGAGGCCAUGAUGAGCUCGGUGGGGAAGCGACACCUGCUGAGCCGCCUGGACUACCCGCAGGCGGGCCACCUGAUCGAGCCGCCGUACUCGCCUCACUUCCGAGCCACCAACUUCAUGUGGGACGGACGGAAGGCCAAAGUCACGCUGCUGUGGGGGGGUCAGACCAAAGCCCACUCGGACGCCCAGGAGGACUCGUGGAAGAAGAUCUUGGCCUUCCUGCAGCAGCAUCUCUACUCGCUGCCGUGCCCCCGAGCCAGGAUGUGAGCCUGGAACCGGAAGCGGACCCCCGGGGGGGGGGGGGGGGGUCGUUUCCUCUCACAAAGAAAAGCAUGAAAGUCCUGCUUGAACACUCCAAAACUGGACUUAGCAUUAGCGUCCUGUCAUCAACUGGAUCUGAAGCACAAACGUCUGAGGACCUUUUAAUUUUGUAUACUCAUAUAAUUGCCAUUACCAAAAAAAAUGCAAAUGUUUAUUUGCAGGUAUUAGCACCCACAAAUAAUUGCCGCCUCCCCAGAACCGCAGAAAGAUAUGAAAAGAUGGCGGCAAAACGCUGCUUUUGUCGGGAUGAAAUUCCUCAACUCACUUCACAGCAUUGUUCAUUGGCACCAAGAUGUCGCAAAGCACCUCUGGUAUCUAAAGGGUGCUCAUCAACUCACUUUAACGUAGUUCCUCGACUACAAGAUGACUUUUUGGGGUGGAAUGACGCUCCUUAACGCACACCAACAUAGUUCAAGUUCCAUCGAAGCACUAAUUUUAGCUGUAUCAUCCUCCAUAUUUCAAAAUAGUUGCUUGACCCCCCUAAAUGCCCGCCCCCCAUGGUAAAGGAGUACUUUUGUCUAAAUGAAGUCAACCAACUCACAUCAACAUAGUUCCUUGGCAACAAGAUUCCCCAAAAUGAUGCCAAAGUACUGCUUUGCCUGGGCACAAAAAAAGGAAAUGUUUUCAGUGGAUCAGAGAGCUACACCCCGCCCCCCUCGCGCGCCUAAAAAAAAUGCAAAAAAUUGUGGCCCCCGAAAGGCUUACAAUUGCCUCUUGAUGCCACAAGGUGGCAGCACAGCACUAAUUUCGUUUAAAUGCAACUGCAGCCCAAAGUGCCACAACAUUAACACUUUUUAAUUUUUUUUUUGUUUUGUUUUUUGCUUUGUCCUCAGCGCAAAUGCAGCAUUUAAAAAAAAAUGUUUGAUAUCGAGAAAUCACAGUGGAGUAUUUUAUAGCCACAAAUGAGCAUGUCCUGCGUUGU